AUUAUGACGGCGCGUCGCUGGGAUGGCGAGAUUGUCCCUGCCUUGAGAAAGAGACUCGAGUCGGAGAGCAGCGAGCUAACAAAAAGGAUGUCAGCCCAUAAUGAGGGAGCUAAUGGGCCAUUGAAGCAAUACAGUCAGAUGUCUACUCUAUCCCCUGUCAACGCGAUACCUACACCAAAAGCUAAAUCAUCACGGAGCAAAGAUAACUUUGCCUUCGUUGAACCAUUGCCCGCGAGCUUGUUGCAUGAAAAGAUGCCAGAUGGUACUGCUUCGGAUGAUAGUACAGAGGAGGACACCUUCAUAGAGUCGACGAACGCUCGCAUAAAGUUCCCGAAGCGAAAUAGACAGCCAAACACCAGCAACGUCUUAACGAAGAGCAACAUACCAAGGAGGGUUAGACCACGCGCAAAUACCAACGUAUCAAUGAUGCACAAUAGACAUAGAAGCAAUGAUGAGGAGAUGUUAGAAAUUGCUAAGCUCGGCCAUACGGGAUAUAUGAAAGAAUCAGAAGAUGUUUAUGGUGGAUACGAACAAGAAAAUGCGCAGGAAGUCGUUGAUACGGAGAUUACCAGACCCAGUACGAGCUCAGCGGCGAAGAAUAUACCACAAUCAACGAAUAGAUCCCAAGGUGGACGUAGUUACAGCUCAUUUGGUAUGUAUGAUAACCAGAACAAGCCAAAAAAGAAAGUCAAGAGGAGAGUACCAACGAAGGGCAGACAAUCUGAGCCAUAUAGACCACCAACGCCUGAGACUGAUGUCGACCUUGAGCCGUGGAGUGUCCCACCGUCAACAUCGACAAACUUACCACCAGGCAAAAGCUGGGAUGAUGUCGUUGUACCAACACUCGCGAGAAAGAUGGAGAUGGAAAAGCAUCGUGAGGACGAAAUCUGGAGUAGCACUGGUAGUUUGAACAAAAAGCCAGACAACAGGAGGAGUAAGAAUGAGAUUGAACUAGACACUAUACACGACUACCGCGCUUCACAACUGUCAGACGCGUCGAUGCAACCAGAAGAGAUAAUAACGACACCACAGUCAAUUCAUAAUACAUUACAACCAGACUAUAGCCUUAGACCAGUAUCCCAGCAGACGUUUGACGAUCGUUCAAAUAUCUUACGUAGCCCUGUACAGCAGGUGCCCCCAGCGCAGAGACACUACAAAGAAGAACAAAGACCGGCGAAGAAGAAGAAAUCAGCGAAAUGCUGUUUAAUAAUGUAAAAAAUAUUUUAAUUUUAAUUUAUACCUGUUUAG